AAAAAGAAAGAAAAAGAAACCCCUGUUGAUAUUAGGCAAAAUGUGGAUAUAUGAAAUCCAAGAAACUUGGCGCCACAUUAUCCACACACAUCAUUUUGUGCUUUCCUGAUAACGCCCCAAAUCCCACAAUUUUCCCCUCAAAUUCCCACCUUUAAGAACAACAACAAAGAAGGAGACUUUUGCUCGGCAUCGAAUCGGGGCAACCAUGUCAGUUUCGUCUCCAUUCCCAUCGCCUUGCUCCGCCGCGUCUCCCUCUACGUCCGCCGCCACUUCUUGUUCUUCUUCAACUUCCGUCCGAUUCAGAAUCUCCGCCACCGCCGCCGCCGCCGCUGGCACCAGGUCGUGUUAUUACCAGGGUGUCUCCAUUCGGAGCUCACAAGCCGAAGGCCCGAUUCGCAGGCCCGUCGCGCCGUCGCCGCCGUCAGCUGCUUCCACUCCGUUGAAGCCCCCCGUGCCUCCUUCACCUCCGUCUUCUCCGCCGCCGCCGACGCCGGUGGUGGCUUCUGCACCCCGAUUGGGCGUUGCGGAGGGUAAGGGCACGGUGACUUUGGAGUUCCAGAGGCAGAAGGCUAAGGAGCUUCAGGAGUAUUUCAAGCAGAAGAAGCUUGAGGAAGCGAAUCAGGGUCCUUUCUUUGGGUUCAUUGGCAAAAAUGAGAUUUCUAAUGGAAGGAUGGGCGAUGUUCGGUUUCGCUGUUGGGAUGCUGACGGAGUAUGCAACAGGGUCGGACUUUGUCGAUCAAGUCAAGAUCCUUCUCUCCAAUUUUGGAAUCCUAGACUUGGACUGAAAGAAACCUCUCUGACAAAGUGGGAUCACCAGUAGUACAUUUGAUUGCUACAUAAGUUUCUGUACCAUAUGUCAAUGUAGUUUUGCAACUUCUUCUUCUGCUGCUGCUUUCCUUUUGUUCAUUGUUUGUUCAUCAUCCUGAGAACUCUGCUUACUUACCGUUUUCAAUUGAGCUUGCCAAAGAAGCACAGUCUUUGUUAUUUACACAGUUACACUGAAUAUCAUAAUCAAGCUGCUGUUGGCCGUUGUGGUUGUGAGAGGUUAUCCACAACCCCAACGUUCAACGGCAUUUCUCUCUAUUUCAGC